AUGGCUCGUGCACACCGUAUUCUACUUUUUAUCGCUAUAUUCGCCGUCACCUACAUCGCUGCUCUGUUCUCGUACCUUCCAAUCCCUCUUGUCGACUCGGAAACACUUCAAGAGAUACUGCCAGCGGUCCCCUGGUGGGCGCUUGUCAGCUUUGGGGCGUACUCGCUGUGGAGCAUGGGUUGGGGCCUUUGGACAUUUAGAGACUGCCCUGAGGCAUACACUGAACUUAUUCAGCAAAUUUCCGAAGCAAAGAACGACCUUCGCGCGAAAGGUGUCACUGUGGACUAA